UAGUCACCAUCAUGGAUCCCAUAAAGUUGGAUACAACCUUCUAUCAUAAGCUACUGCUCAAAAAGUUUAAUCUACUCCUGACCGCCGCACAGCUGGCCGGAUUUUUGCCCUUUCCUGCCUACGUACUGCGGCAGGAUGUCGAGCGCCUUCACUUCCGUACGCUGGUGCUAACCUGCCUGAACUUGACCUUUGCCGUCCUUAUCUUCCUUACCUCGUUCGCCUGCUAUCUGGCCAUGUACAUUUACUAUCCCGAUUUGAUGUACAAGGAAAAUCUUCCAGCCGUACUGCAAAUCAUGUACCACGUGGAGAACUGGCUGCGUGUGGUGAUGGUACUGGUUGCAUUGGCCGGACCACGCCUGAGUGGACGUUAUUUUCGUGAAACGAUCGACACGCUGGUGCACAUUAUGAAACUUUUCGAUCGUCCCGUAAAGAUCGAGAAUAUUCUUACGGCGAUUUCGGUUAUUACAAAUCGAUUGCUUCUACUGUACGGACUCCACGCGCUCAUUAUCACCGUUACGGUGUGGAUAAGUACGGAACAUCCCGUAUCAACGCUACUGAACGUUAGCUACCUAGCACCGUACGUAACGAUAGCCGUGUACAUCCUUCUCUACCGAGCGUUGCUAGCGUCCAUAGCUGGCAUAGUGGGUUGUUUGAAUGAUAAUCUGCGCGAGAUCACGCUACAGGAUAGGAUAGAUCCUCGGCGAACGUACGGGAAACAUACGACGAUCAGCUACAUCAUGCUGCAGGAGGGCAAGGAGAGAGAAACCCCGCAUCUAGACGUAGCAACGAUCGUGCGGCUUUCCACGAUGCAUAUGGCGAUGAUGAGGUUGGCUCGCGCUGCUAACAAACAUUUCGGCCUGCUCAUGCUGAUCAUCGUGCUGUCCACGUUCAUCCAAAUCAAUAUGCUACUGCUGGAGCUGUACCACAACAUCAGCCAUCCCGUGAUGCCGGAGUACUGCCUGUGGGUACUAUUCCUGCACGCGAUCGUACACUUUACGUUCUUCUUUGUCAUUGCCACCUCAAACCAUGCCAUCCAGCAGGAGAAUGAGCGUACCAUGCUGCUGCUGCAUGAAUUCAAAUGUUCCUGGAGCAGCGAACAAAACAUGACGAUUGAACAUUUCAUCUCGCAGAUCUCCAACCUGCAUGAUAUCCACCAGGCGUGUGGAAUGUUAAAUUUGGAUAUGAAGCUCAUCUCAAACGCCGUUGCAGCGAUCACGUCCAUUAUGGUGGUUCUAAUACAAUUUUCCGACACAGGAUUGUAAAACUCAAAAGCUUCUCAGAAAUUCUCAAAAAAAAAAAAACACACAAUUCGAAGAUAGUUUUUUAUCAGCAGUUUGUUGCUUGCAAGGGCAAUCUAAACAUUAACAUCAAAAUUUUAUUUUGAAUAUGUCUAUUGCUUAAAAUUUACGGGAUGAGGUGAUGAGGUGCCUAACAAGCAAACAGAACCGGGUCUUUUAACAAUGUAAAUCACUAAUACCUUUUCGUUCAAGCGUCGCGCACUUUUGUCGGUCCCGCUGUCGCUUUCAAUAAACUCAAAUUAGCUUCAAAUUUCUACCAACACUCGGUUAAGAUAAUUUUUAGAUAUGGAACCAUAAUUGCAUCUACCAUAUUCUCCCGUGUAGAAGGGUGUUAACGCUAAAUUGAGGGGACAACAAAAAGGCAGAGCAAUUUAAAAAACAACCACUUCACCGUAUCAGGCUCAAAUUUAGGUAAGUAAUCAUCGUUGGGAUUAAGAAUUGCCGUCUACUGGGAAAUG